AGCAACUAAAAUAUCGUGGCCUGUCGUUAGUUACACGCUACAUUUUAACAUCUGAUUGAAGGAAUUCUGGCUUGUCCGUCCAAGCCUACCACUCAUUGCGCGUCAAAACGCCAAUCUCAACUCAAGCAGUUGAGGCUAUGCGAUUAGGUCCUUAAAGACAAGAAGUUUCUUUCUUUUUCAUCUCACCUUCUCUCUUUAGGGACAUUACGUCAACAGCGAUAAUUCAUAAUAUAUCACCAUGUCGUCGUUCGCUUCCAAGGAUAUUGAAGUAUACAGAGAGGACGAGCGGGUCGGGCAUAAGAAUCUCGGCGUCGCAGAACGAGAACGACUUGUUCAGAAUUAUCUCCCCAGUCCACCUACCAGAUCACGAAGUCGCGGGCGUCAAACUAAGCAUGAGACGUCCCGCUUCGGCAUCAGGAAGUUUUUCAAGUCUCAACUCUAUUCACUGCUGUACUUCUCCGUACAUUUUGCCUUCUCGAUAUACAUCCGUGCUCGAUCGACUUAUCACAUCGUAUCACUAAGCGCCCUUUCCAUCUUCAAGUACCACCAUAGCACCCCCGACUUUGUCCGACGAGAUGUCAGUACCUUGAAGCGACUACCGAAGCACGUAAGUGUAAUCUUGACGCUAGAAGAUGAGGGGAGGGCAGGGAAUGCCUUGGAGAAGCUUGUCAAUGAAGUUUCUGAGGUGGCAGCGUGGUGCGCCUCGGCAGGCAUUCCUCGACUAUCCAUUUACGAGCGGACAGGUGUUUUGAAGCGCUAUAUGCCUCAGACCCAUCGUGCUCUGGUCCAGAAGCUUAAGAGCUGGUUUGGAAGGAGUCAGGCCCCGCCCGUCUCCAUAUCUACUCGCGGAGCCUCAACCAUCUACACUGCCAACCGAGAGUACUUUUCACAUGAUCAGUCGCCACUCGAAGUCGUGCUCAUCUCAGAAGACGAUGGCCGAGAGGCGAUGGUGGAUCUCACCAAGGUCCUAGUUCAGAUGGUUCAGAAGGAGAAGAUCAAGGCCGCCGAUAUUACGGUGGACGUCCUUGAUAACGAACUAUCCGAAGCCGUCAUGACGGAGCCGGACCUCCUUAUCUCGUUCGAGCCUUACGUUGACCUGCAGGGAUACCCGCCGUGGCCGAUCCGAUUAACCGAAAUCUACUGUGCCCCUGACAACCAGGGCGUCGGAUAUCAGAUCUUCCUCCGUGGCCUACGGAAGUACACGGAGGCUACUUUCAAGCUAGGAAAGUAAACCAGGUGGAUAUGAAAAUGCUGCGUGAUGGACGAAGGCUCAAUUAUGGGUUUUGUGGUGCCUUCUUGUCGACAGCAUCCUAAUCAAUACACUACAUUGCAAUGAUAUCAGUCAGUCUUCCGCCCCGUUUUACGCCCAUCAGAAUGUGACGUCAACAC